ACCUUAUUUUUUCUAAUGUCUGACCCAGCCUCAUAAAAAGAGCCAGUAGAGUAGGUUCAUGGAAAAGAAAGUAUCCAAUUAGGGAUUAACAAAACUGUAACAAGGAUUAGGAAAUGACAGAGAAAAGGAACACCCUCCUGGUGUGUAUAUAAGGGCCAAGGGGCAGACUAGAACAGGCCAUUUACUCCACCUUUCCCAGUCUCUAGAGACAGCUCAGCACCAGCAGGAGCAGCAUGUUUUGCUCAGCUCAGAGAGGCUCCUGCUCCUCCCGAGUCUCCUCUUCCUCGGGGGCUACGGGCAGCAGGGUGUGCUCAGGUGGAAGCCCCUUCAGCAGUGGAGGCAGCUGUGGGCUGGGAGGAGGUUCUUCCUGGGGCUUCCAGGGAAGCAGUGGCAGCUGUGGGCUGGGCGGAGGCUUAGGGAGCGGCAUUGGAGGGGGCUUUGGUAGCUGCGCAGUAAAGGGUGGGUUUGGAGCAGUCUCUGGCUUUGGUGGAAGUUCUGGAUUUAGUGGGGGCUCUGGCUUUGGUGGGGGCUCUGGCUUUGGUGGGGGUUCUGGCUUUGGUGGGGGCUCUGGCUUUGGUGGGGGUUCUGGCUUUGGUGGGGGUUCUGGCUUUGGUGGGGGCUCUGGCUUUGGUGGGGGUUCUGGCUUUGGUGGGGCCUCAAGCUUUGGUGGGGGUUCUAGUGGAGGCUUCUCUAGCUAUGGAGGUAGUAUGGGAGGUGGCCUUGGUGGUGUCAGUGGCAGUGAUGGGGGCCUUCUCUCUGGAAGUGAAAAGCAAACCAUGCAGAACCUCAAUGACCGUCUGGCCAGCUACCUGGACAAAGUGCGAGCCCUGGAGGAGGCCAACACUGACCUGGAGACGAAAAUCAAGGAGUGGUAUGGCAAGCACGGGUCUGGAAAAGGGGAAGCUGGGAGAGACUACAGCAGAUACUGGCCAGUCAUAGAAGAUCUGAAGAACCAGAUCAUUGCAGCCACCAUUGAAAAUGCCAGGAUGGCUCUGCAGAUCGACAAUGCUAGACUGGCUGCGGAUGACUUCAGGAUGAAGUAAGACACGCCAAAUCCUUGAAAACUCCUACCAUAGGGACUAAAACACAGCCCAACUGUUGAGGGCGAAAGCCCUUUGGAGGAUCACGACCUAAACUCAGAAA